AUGACUGUCACUGAACCAACUUAUAAGACUAUCGCAGCUAAGAAGCUCAAAGAAAGAGAUGAAAAAUUCAUUAAAGAAUGGUUAAUUGCUGAAGAUCAAUUACCAGAUCAAUCUGUCAAAGAUGUCACUAAAUUUAUUGAAAAAAAUAACCUUUUAACCCCAUCAGAAGUUGAAAUUACUGAAUCUGAUGCUCCAACCAUUGUUGGAAAUAUCAAACUGAAGAAAUGGAGAGCUGUACAAGUAAUGGAAGCUUUCGGUAAAAGAGCUACCAUUGCCCAUCAAUUAACUAAUUGUUUAUCAGAAAUCUUCUUUGAAGAAGGUUUACAAACAGCUAAAGAAUUAGAUGAAUAUCAAGAUAAAACUGGUGAAACUAAAGGUCCAUUACAUGGAUUACCAUUCUCAGUUAAAGACAAUUUCAAUGUAAAAGGUCACGAUAGUACAAUUGGUAUGGUUAAUUUAAGUUUCAAAAAAGUUGAUAAUGAUGCAGUUUUGGUUGAUUUAUUAAGAAAAUUAGGAGCUGUAUUAUACGUUAAAACCAAUGUCCCAGUUGCCAUGAUGAUGCCUGAAACCAAUAAUCAUAUUUUUGGUAAUACUACCAAUCCAAUGAAUAGAGCCUUAUCAGCAGGUGGAUCAUCUGGAGGUGAAUGUGCUUUAAUCAGAAUGAAAGGUGCCCCAAUCGGUGUUGGAAGUGAUAUUGGAGGAUCUUUAAGAAUCCCAGCUUCAUUCCAAAAUUUAUAUACUUUAAGACCAUCAUUUGGUAGAUUCCCAACUUAUGGAUGUACUAGUGGAUUACCAGGAUUAGAAAGUGUUAAUAGUGUCAAUGGUCCAAUUUCUACUUCAUUAGAAUCAAUGGAAUUAUAUUGUAAGUCAAUAAUUGAUUCUGAACCUUGGUUACAUGAUGGUAAAGUAAUUGAACUUCCAUGGAGAGAUGUUGAAUUACCAAGCAAAUUAAAUAUUGCUGUUUUAGUAGAUGAUGGAUACGUUAGACCAACCCCACCAAUUAGAAGAGGUAUGAAAAUUGCCAUUGAUAAAUUGAAAGAAGCUGGUCAUGAUAUUAUUGAAUGGGAUGGAUCAGAUCAUGUUGAAAUGGCUAAAAUUAUUGGUAAAUUCUUUUUAAGUGAUGGAGGUCAUCAUAUUAAACAAAUCACUGAACCAACAGGUGAACCAUUCUUCGAAUACAUGAAAGGUUAUGAAUCAGCUCAAGAUCUUGGAGUACCAGGAUUAUGGAAAUUACAUGCUGAAAGAACUUCAAUGAUGAAGAAAUUCUUAGAUAAAUGGAACAAUACUAGCUCUAAAACUGCCAAUGGAAAACCAAUUGAUGCUAUUAUCAUGCCAGCUACUCCAUUUGCAGGUAGUCCAAAUCAUAAAUUCCGUGAUUAUGUUGGUUAUACCUCACCUUUCAAUUUGGUUGAUUAUAGUGCAGGUAUUAUUCCGGUCACCAGAGCUGAUAAAGAUUUAGAUCCAAAAGAUCCGGUAUGUACUAAUUACAGUAAUAGUGAUAAAAUGAUUUGGGAAGAUUAUGACCCUGAAGAAACUCAUGGUGGAGCUGUAUCUAUUCAAAUUGUUGGUAGAAGAUUACAAGAAGAGAAAGUUAUUAAAAUGAUGAAAGUUGUAUCUAGUUUAUUAGACGAUGAAAUCUAG